AUGGUGGCGAGUGCGUGGGACUCGAAGCGCGACAAAUCGAACGGGUCGUCGUCGUCGUCGGGAGCCACCAACACCGGACUCGAACAGAUUAUUAUCGGUCGCUGUCUCACGCAUACACAACAACGAGAGAGAGAGGGAGAUACGCUGUGGGAGCCGUCGUUGCGUGACCUUUCAUGCGUUCCCGUCGGCUCCGAUUUCAAAAGGUGAGAUCACUUUUCGAAGCUCUUCAGAAUUCAAAAAAGACCCACUAUUUUCAAAAAUUCUCGAGAUUUCAAGUAAUUUAAAUGUUCAUCCUCUCGACUUUGCUCCCAAAGCUCAAACUGGGCGCAUUUUUUUAAGGAACUCUUAUGAUUUUCAAAGAACUUCCAAGACGAUUUCCGAGCUCAGACUCUGAAUCAACCUGAGAUACGACUCGGAACAGAACCAAGUUAUCAACUUUGAGCAGCGAUAACUGCUUUCGCCAAAAAGUCUUCUGAGAGCUUUUUUGGGAUGAAAAAGUAUCGGUCGGUCAACAGCAAGAAUCCCUUCAAUUGAGCCUUUUAAAAAAUAGUAACGCGAAUUAUUUCAGAGACUAUCUCCUCUUCCUGUCAGUUAGCUUUUUUUGAGUGGCUUCGAAACGUUUCUAGAAACUCUCUGAAUUCAACUCGUCUCCAAUUUUUUGGCCUAAUUUUGGUCCUUAAAUUUUUUUCUUGUUGCUGAAACCGAUUUCCUAGACGUUCUGAGCUGGGAUUAUUAACAAAAAUUUCAGUUUGGAAACUUCAGAAAUGAAAUUUAAAAAAAGUCACGAAAUUCGCUAAUAAAGCUCUCAAAUGGUCAGUAAAGUUAUUGACUCAGCUUGGUUCAAAAAAAUGGCAAAAGAAAAAUUUCGACGUUUAUCAGAUAGAAUUUAUCAGCUCACAGCAAGCUUAAUACGAAAAAAAAUGCAUGGGUCAUGUUUGGGCUUUUUGAGAACAGAUUUCCGAAAACUGGUUUUUCUGUCAUACUUUCCUACAAAAAAUUUUUCCGAAAGAGAAGAAAAAACGUAGAAACUUGGAGAUAAGAUCAAAUUUUGAGGAGGUAUCCCAAAAAAAGACUGGGAAACGGAUCAAGAUAUACGGUGGCAAAAAUUGACAAAACAUGCGAAUGAAAUGAGGCGGGCUGGAACAAAGGGGAGAGCGGCGAAGCGGGAUCUCUCUCUUAUGUUUAUCCAGGGCUUUUUGCGGUUUCUCGGCUCGCCCUCCGAGGCCGACGGAUUCCGGAAUCCCUGUGGCCACUGUCUCUGGCUGCUGA